GACUCGUUCGCGAGCGACUCCUCAGUGGAUAAGCGCCUCUAUGAUGUCUUCUGACGCGGACUUGGUUUAUUCGUGAAGUUAUUCUGAUAUAGUUUAUACACUGACCGACUGCUGAAGUCUGGCUGUGUCUGAGAGGAGAAAGUGUUCAUGUUUGAGCCAAAUAACCGAAGCGAAGAGAGAAAAGACGACAAAAAGAAAACGACUGUGUUUAUUUCGCUCAUGUGAAUACUGACGCGCGUGGAUCCGAUCUGCUUUGGCACUUUUGAACCUGUUUGGACAAAUGUAAGGAUUUGAACCCCAGCCGUUGUGUCUGUGAGUGAGGAAGCGUCUGACCGUUGGAGAGCAGCAUGAUGAACGAGUCUCUCUCAGCGACGGAGACCACGAGAGCCGUCUGUGAUCUGGAGCUCAGGAGAGAAUCUGAUCUGCUGCCGGCCGUCAGCUGCUCGCUCGGCUUCGCUCUGGGGCUCAUUUACUGUUUCUGCGGUUACCGCUGCUUUAAGACGGUGCUGUUUCUGUCGGGUCUGGCGUUGGGCUCCGCGGUCGGACAGAUGCUGUGUGUGCAGGAGCGUGUGCUGGACGGCCGGACGCGGGCGGGCGUCUCUCUGGGCGUGGGUCUGCUGGCGGCGCUGGUGGCCGUGCUGGUGCCCAGUGUUGGGCUCUUCUUCACUGGUCUUCAGCUGGGAGCGCUGCUCUCUGGCGCCGCCCUGCUGCUGCUGGGACAGUAUUACCCCGUGUUCAGCGCCGCAUGGAUUCCUGUCGGCGUGCUCAUAGGAACCAGCGCUUUCUUUGCCGUCAUCACUCUGUGCUGGAGGAAGGCCAUGAUGAUCGCUGCCACGGCGGUGGGGGGGGCCGCGGUGGUCACGGCGUGUGUGGGGUACUGGGUGGAGAUCCCCGUGUGGGUGCUGCGGCCGUCUGCGGGUGUCCAGACACUACAGGGCUUGUGCUGGUACAGCUGGGCCGUGAUUGGGAUUUGGCCUGUACUCGCAGCACUGGGAACACUGGUCCAAAGCAGAAUCACAGCGCAUGCUGACGUGUGUGUGAGGCGUGAACAGAAGCAGCUGGAUCUGACGAGGAUCAGACACACAUGUGACCGGAGACACACGCAGGGAACGUACCGCCGCAGACCACCGGUUCUCCAGCGCUACACGGGAGACGUGCUGGCCCCGAGUUAUCUGGCGAGUCUGCAGGAGCGGCAGACACACACGGGCUCGUCGCUCUGGAGCUUGACCUCCGUUCAUCACACCAUGAUCGACUUCGAUUCUGAGACGGGAUCUCUGGUGCCGCUCACAGCUUCAGCAUCAGCUCUUCUCCGACUGUGAUGGAAACACCAGAAAACACACCGGCGCACACUGACACUCUGUCUGUGAGGACACAGUAAUACACACUCGCUUCACAGAUAGCUUCAGUCUUAUUCACAAGACACUUGGAUCAUAUUGAGAUAAGGAGAAACGUUUAUUAAAGCAGUGCAGCGUGUCACAGAAUGUGUUUUACGUCUGUAUGUGGACAUCACACUCAUACAGGGCUUCUGCAGAUCUGAGAAAGGGUUCAAAAAGUCUUCAUUCAUCUACAAAUUAAAGGGAGUGAGUAAAUGAUGACAGAAUUGACAUUUUUGAGUGAACUAUCCCUUUAAGGUCUGAAAAGGUCUCAAAUCAGAGCAGAAAGACUUCGAUGGAUAGUUGUGGCAUUAAAUGUUGCAUGCUUUGCUACAAGUGAAUCUCUUGCUCAGUAUUCCUGUCUUGUUCUCCCGUUCAAAUAUAUUAACAUCAUAAAAUCAAGAUACUAUCAAGAUAAUUUUACUGAAGAUUUUUUUUUCUGAGAAAUUGUACAAAACCAAGCGAAUUUUGAUUAAAACAAGAACAAAAAUCUACCAGUGGGGAAUAAGAUGUGACCCUACAUGAAAUGACAAGCAGUGAAUCCAAAACAAACUGAGCAGAAGGCAAACGUGGAGCAACGAGGAGGUAAAGUGCUUUAUGAGCUCUUCGUGAGUUUGAAGGUGAGGAAAAUAAAAUCAUAAGUACACACAGCACUGAGUGUUUAGUCCAGCAGACAGCGGCGCUGACCAGGUCAGGUCAUGAUGAACGCAUCUCUUAAGAGUUAGGGUUCAGUAUCUUUAGGCUCGCCGUGUGAACGCUCAGGGGACCAGGACCAAAUGCAUCGUUCUCUUUUUCGGUCCAGACCAAGAGAACCGAACUACAAGUGUGAACGCAGUCUAAAUUGAUUUUUCUAACUGUUGGCAAAUAUUUCUUAUUGCUUUGACCAUAUACUCACUUCAUUUUGAUCAGAUUCAAAGCAAGACGGAUGUCAUUUGCAUCUUGAUUUAAAAAUCUUAAGACAUUUGCACUGGAAAACAAGACACAGAUACUGAAGAAGAUAUUUUUUGCAGUGAGAUCUGAAGGUACAGUAAAAGUUAUUUCCAUAUUCUAGUGUUUGUGAGUAGAGUUAUUCAAUCCAUAAGCUUUUUUUUUUUCUUUUGAAAAAUGAAUUAUAAAGUAAUGGAGAUCUGUUAGAACUUACUAACAUUGACUUCUGUUCAAUUUAUAAUUCUGCAGAAACCCUGUUAUAUAUCAGAUUUCAUGAAUGACAAUAACUUUCUGAGUUUUGAUUAGUGAGUAUUUGUUUGAUUUGUCUGAUUCAUGUGUAGUGUGUUAAAUCUUCUGAACUGUCCACAUGUUCUUCUGCUGCUGGUCAGAACCUUUCCUCGAGUCAGUUCGUCAGGAGAGGACCAUGUGUGUCAGAUAAGAGGUUAGUCAGAGACAUCUCAAUGUCUUUAUCAGGACGUUCUGUAGAUGAAAGAGCAGAUUAGCCUGAGAUGAGUCUGAAAAGUAGUUCCACAGCAAAAAAAGAUUCUGGAAAUGAUUCAUGAAAAUGCACUGGCAUGUGUCUGAAGGUUGGAUUUGAAGUAUAUCAUGAGUGUGUCAUUGUGAGGGAAUGUCAUGAUGUUCCCUACUGAGGGCACUUAAACAGCUCAUGUGUCACUCACUUGCAUUAUCUCCAUGACGACCUGCUGAACUUCAUUUAAAGUUGAUGUCAUUUGAAAUGAUUAUUUCUCUAAUUAAAUGUUUUAUUCUGUA